AUGGACUUUGACCCAGGCUACCUCGCCAUCUUUGUGGCCAGCCGGCUCACCAGCACGGCGUUCGGCAUGCCCGUCGCGGGCGCGCUGACGCGCAUGCAGUCCAACUGGGUCCCGAAGGGCAAGGGGGAGAAGGGGGAGAACGUUGACGUCGCUAAUGACUGUACCGACCUCGGCGUGAUCGGCACGAUACGGCGGACGUGGACCAUCGAGGGCGCGGGGGGUAUCUUCAAAGGCACAUACCUGUCGACGAUUGCGUCGCUCGCUGGCUCGUUUGGCUCGGCAAUGGUCGACCUCGCCAGUCCGUUCCCCCGCGAACCUGACUCUGACGCGAUCACGAACGUCAUUCGCGGCCUCGGUCUCUCGUCUCCCGCUAUACUUGGUGCGAGAAUCACUGCCGCCGUCGCUACCAACAUCGCCUUUAUCCCCUUCAAGGUCCUGAUUUCGCGCUCUGUCGUCACUCCUCUUCGCCUCUCAAUGUCCCCAAGCUCUAUUCGGGGAAUCACGUCCGAGCGCGAGCGUAAUGGGCCCUGGCGUCUGUGGGCCAUUCCUGGCAUGAUCGCCAACAUUACCCUCCAGACUCUCACACCCUUUCUCGUCACUGCUGUCACUCUCCCGCUCCUGUAUGCAGCCGCUGCUGCAGCCACGCCACAGGCAGAGAACGAGACCGUCACGGCCGGGUGUGCGCUUGCUUACAUUGCCGCCAACACGAUUCCCACGCUUUGGAUGGCGCCGCUCAAGGUGCUCGAGGAGAAGCUCGCCGUUGCGCCCGACGCUGAUAUGGCCGAGAUCAAGGCUACCGACGCCGAGUUUGAGCGCUUUUCCGCCGAGGACGUUGUGGUUGCCCGCCCACCGCCUCGCUACACGGGUCUCAUGGACGCAUUCAACACUGUUAGGAAGGAGGAGGGAAUCGGUGCGCUUUACCGCGGCUGGAUCUGGACUGCUUUUUAUCUGAGCGUGUCCGCGCUUAACCAGGCUGUGGUCGCGGUCAACGCUGCCAAAUGGCUGUGA